AUGGCGCCCAUGGCACCCGCGGAGGCGCCGCAGCCGCGGCGGGGCCCUGGUCGGCCAGGCCGCGCCGGCGGCGCGGCAGGCGAGCGGGCCGAGGCCGUCGCGCUGCCGGAGCCCCGCGCCGCGGCGCUGCUGGAGCUGCUGCGCGGGGGCGGCGGCCCCGCGACCGCCGCGGGGCUCGACGGCGAGAGCGUCCGCUGCACCCUGGAGGCGGUGCUGCGGCAGCUCGCCCUGGGGCGCGGCGCCGAGGCGGGGGGCGUGCGCGUGCCAGCGGGCCUGUGGCAGCUGGAGGCCCUCGCGGCGGAGCUCGGGCGGCAGAUUUCCCGCGCCAAGGCGGGCCCGGGGCACGCGGAGAGUGCGGAGCCCAGUGGCGCCGCCAGCGCAGGAACGCCAGAUCGGGCGUUGCGCGGCGUGGGGGAGGCCGCGCAGGCGCGGUGGCAGCGGGCGCUGAGCGAGGCAGCCAGGUGGAAGGAGGCUGAGCUGGCCGAGCUCUCGCGCGGGCCCGCCUGCCCCGAGCUCUGCGCCCAGCUCUCGGCCCAGAGCGAGGCGACGCUGGCGGCGGCCAUGCUGCUGCUGCAGGACGGGGCCGUGCCGCGCGGCCCUCCCUGGCGGGCGCCUCCCGACCUGGCGCGCGCGCCGGCAGCGCCCGCGGAGGGCGGCGCUGCCGUGCGGGCGGUGCUCGGCGCGCUGCGGGGCGGCGGCGGGGGCCUCCAGGCGGCGCUGGGGCCCCUGGACCUCGGCACGGCACGCUGCGUCCUCGAGGCCGCCGCGCUCCGCGCGGCCGCGGCUCCGCCCGCGGGCGGCGGCGCGGUGGGGCGGGCCGCGCGGCCGGGCGCCGCCGAGCGCUGGCGCGGCGCCGUGGGCGCGGCGGAGGCGUGGAGGCGGCGGCAGCCGGAGCCGCUGAGCGGCGCCGCCGGGCUCUGCGACUUUGAGCUGGCCGCCGCGGCCAUGGCCGCGGGCGCCGCGGCCGCCGCGUAG